GCCGCAUCUUGGUCUUUUUGUCUCUCUCUCUCUUGCCCGCUCCUUUGUUGUGCUCGCGUGGGUUAUGGCUGAGGGUGCUGUUUUCGUGUUGCUAUAACACCGAGAUCAAGGACCUCUCACGGCCCUCCCCUUCACCGAACUCCCACUUCCCGUGCUUGAUCUCACCGGCGGUCCGCUUCAACACCCGGCCGCCCCCCCCCCCCUUGCGAUGGGGCCGACACGCAUUGUCAGCGCAGCGGCCUCCGUGCCAUUCGCUAUCCGGAGGUUCAUGCUCGCCAUAUUACCGCGUCUCAUCAACCGUCGCUUCGCCUUUGCGCUCGCCGCCGUCGCGAUCCUCGUCUCCAAAGUAACCCACGUUUACUUCCACCUCGAUGCCAUCCCGAGCCGAGACCUCGUACGAUGGGGGAGCUCCUUUUUCAUCCAAGAUACCCUCGCUCUAAUACUUCUCCGCGUGUUCAUCGACGGUCAAGCUGUUGCAUCGAUCGCGGCGUCAUUCUUCAUCAGCUUCGUGGUGCUCUUGGCAUUCAUCAGUCUCACCUUUGCCACCACCGCGGGUUCGGAGCUUCAGUGGCGCAAUGUCACCCUGGCCGGUGACUCGUCUUCGUGGGGGAUGAUGGUGACUGGGCUGGUGUCCGCUGCUCUCGUCCUUGCGGGCUUGCUGGUGCUGGCUGCCGUCUUCCAAGCCGUGUUCUAUACCGCCGCUGGGAUCGCACUUGAUAUGUUCAAGUGGCUGGGAUCGCUUCUUUUCAGCAGAUGCUCGACCAACCCCGUGGAAAUCCCCUCGACGCCCGAGUACAAAUACCUACCUCAGAAAGACCUUGAGAGUUCGGCCGAGUACCUCGACCAGCCUGAUGAUGGUUGGGAGAGCAGCUCUCAGGAUGCAACUCUAGGGCCCGCGAGAUCUCCGCGGUUGCUGUACGUCAUUGUCGGCGUUGGCAUCUUCGCGCAAAUCUUUACGACCCUCCUACGCCCAGACGACAGCUCGCUCGUCUACUUAUCGUGGACACUACCGCUCAUGCCAUUUGUCGACUUUGCUCACUCGUCGUCCUCGCUGUCCAGCCUCCUGGCGUCGUCAAGCAAUGUCAAUGGCACGUUGGACAAUGCCACGGCUUUGGCCAAGCCCAUUCAGUUCCCUUGGUUGCCCAAGGACACGCCUCUGAAAGGGUUUGAGGAUUGGUAUACAGAGGGAAGCGAACAUUAUUCGGCGCAAGAGGACCCGCUCAAGAUCUCCAACCUCGACGACCCGCUUCUCCCGGCACUCCGCGAUAUCAACCUUGGCGAUGUGCCAAUCCGCCAUGUCAUGUUGAUUAAGCUGGAGAGCACCAGAAAGGACGUGUUUCCGAUCAAGAAAGGCGGGAUGCCUUAUACGCGUCUCGCUGGCUCACAUAAGAACAAGACAAUGCCGGAGGCCGCGCACAGACUCCUCGCGAACCUCACUCCUGCCGCCAAAUUCCUCACCGGCGACCACGACGACGGCUUCGAGGGCAACGACACCAAGCCCGAGCCGAGUAAGAGGCGAGGAGGUAUAAAUGCCAACAACGCCUUUACAACAAGCACAUAUACUUUGAAGAGUCUGGCAGGCACGCUUUGUGGAUUGAGUCCUCUCGUGGCCGAUUUCAACCUUGAGCAUGCCCACCACGUUUAUCAACCUUGCCUACCGCAUAUCUUUGGCGCUUUCAAUAGCUUAGAUCACUCUCGAGACCCGAAAGCUAAGAGCGGUGCCUUUACUCCCUAUAAAUGGCGGUCGAGCUUUAUGCAAUCCGUCACUUUCCGCUACGAUAAGCAGGACAAGCUCAUGCCCAAGCUAGGCUACGCGGACGAGAACCUUCUUGACUGGUGGUAUCUCAAAGGCACGCCCAAGUUCGGCCCCGUCAACAUUUCGGACGUCAACUACUAUGGCAUGCCUGAAGUGGCUAUUGAGGACUAUAUCCGCGAUGCCUUUGAUGAGGCGAAAAAGAAUAAUGAACGGGUUUUUCUAUCUCAUCUGACAAGCACGACGCAUCACGCUUUUGGAAUCCCAGAGGAAGAGGAAUACGUGUCCCUAACUGAAGACAAAGAUCUGAACGACUUGUCUCACUAUCUCAACGCGGUCGGGUACGUGGACCGAUGGUUACAGAAGAUUCUCGGUAUUCUCGAUGAGAAAGGUGUUGCCAACGAGACGCUUUUGGUAUUGGUGGGCGACCAUGGCCUUUCAAUCGCCGAAAGAGGCACCAUCACUCCAUACAGCAACCCGCACGUCGCCAACUACCACGUCCCCCUCGUUCUAUCGCAUCCGAAGCUGCCGCAGAUCAAUAUCGAUGACGCAGUCCACUCCAGCCAGAUACUUCCAACGAUCCUCGACCUCCUCGUCGAAACCGGGUCACUAUCAAAGUCGGACACCAAGGCAGCCCGCGACCUGGCCCGCAAUUACGAGGGCCAAUCCCUGCUCCGCCCGCUGCGCAAGUAUUCCGAACGCAACUCCCAGGGGGCGUGGCAGAUCACGGUCAUGAACCCGGGCGGCUCAACGUUGGCCGUUCGCGAUGCUCGCCAACCAGACUGGAGGCUCAUCGUUCCCGUGUUCGGAAACUACGAGUGGCGGUUUACCGACCUAGCCGAUGACCCGCACGAGGAGCACCCGAUUUCCUCAUUUGAUCUGAAAGCGCUCAUGCGCGUUCUGGGAAGCGAAAACGGGACCGACACGUCCCGGUGGGUAGAGGAAGCCGCUGUGGUUACACGGUGGUGGGCCGACGAGAAUUACAAGAGGUGGCGGUUCCAUGCGUAGACGACGAUCGCAACGCUGAUGACAUGGGGCGCCUCAACGCUGCAGACUGGAGUUCAGGAGCCGUGGUUAUUUGUACAAAGGCGCUUGGCCUGCUGUAUUGACAACAUCCCAUUAAUAUAUUUCCAACAAC